AUGGAUAUUAUAAGAGAAAGGCCAACCUUCCAAAAUGCGAUGAAGUUAACAAUUUUAAUUGGCCAAUUUUUUGGAUUGAACCCCGUGCUUGGAAUCACUAAUAUUGAUACAAAAAGAGUGAGGUUUUCAUAUAUAUCAGUUCGUAGUAUCUACAGUAUCUUGACAAUUGUAGGACAAGUUGUGGUAUUUUUACUCUGUACAACUUACAUAGUAAUGUAUUCAGAUACAUCCCUUCAUUCAAUAACCUCAAUGGUAUUUGGAAGUUCGAAUUGUAUUACAUCAAUUUUAUUCUUUCGUGCUGCUACCAAAUGGCCCAAAUUGAUGAAUUAUAUCACUAAAGUUGAGACAAUAUACCCAAACAUUGAUGGAGCAUUCGUAACAAAAUGUAAUUUGUCAUGUAUCAUUGUUUUGACAUUGGCUUUAGUGGAACAUGUUCUAGCCGAUUUCUCUAAAGUUAUAUAUGCAAUGGACUGCCCAAACCCAAAAUUGGACACUUAUGGUGGAUUUAUUAUGCAUAGCUUCCCCUGGAUUUUUACGGUUAUUGAAUACAAGACCUACUUAGGGAUAUUGGUACAGUUCAUAAAUAUACAAUGUACAUUUAAUUGGAAUUUCGCUAAUUUAUUUGUCAUCUGCGUGAGUAUUUACUUGACAUCACGAUUAGAACAAGUUAAUAGGAAGAUAUUGGAAGCUAAAGGCAAGUUUAUACCGAAUGGCUUUUGGCGUAACAUGAGAGAGGAGUACAACAGAGCGACGAGCCUAGUCCGACGAUUGGACGACGUAAUAGGCGGAAUCAUUUUCAUAUCGUUUGCAAAUAAUUUAUUUUUUAUUUGUUUACAAUUAUUAAAUACUCUUGCGGACGGCAUAAAAGCGUUACCAUCAUGCAAUAUUGGCCACGAUGAGAGGCCCCUCAAAGGUUACGAACAAGCAGUGUAUUUUAUGUAUUCCUUCAUGUUCCUUGUUAUGCGGUCACUAGCUGUGUCGUUGAUAGCGGCAAGAGUUUAUUCUGCAAGCAAAGAGCCAGCGUUUGCUUUGUAUGAAAUUCCACCUUCUAUGUACUGUACUGAGGUUCAAAGGUUCCUUGAUCAGGUCCAUGGAGAAUCGGUAGCCUUGAGUGGUCUUCGCUUCUUUCAAGUGAAACGGGGAUUGGUUUUGACAAUUGCUGGAACAAUAGUUACAUACGAGCUGGUACUGCUACAAUUUGGGAUAAAGCCGACUGUUCUAACUACUAAACAGAAUAUAUGAAUAUACUGCUGUUAAACAUUGAAUAAAUAUUAGAAAAUAAUAAGUAUAAUUAAACCCACAUUAGAUCUUAAUUUUAAGAUAACAACUUGUGACAUAAUAUUUUAUACUUGUGUAAGAUUAUAUUGAUUUAUUUAUAGACUUAUCAUUAAUGUUUCAUUUUGUAGAUUUAAGACAGUUUUUUAGGCACGGAGUAUAAUAAUAUGACUAACUUUAGUUCCAUUCAUUAAGUUUAAGUAAUCUUAUCUAUCUUAAAGCUCUUACGCUUAUCUUACUUAACUGUUUUCCUUACAACGGUUGCCUGAAAGAGAUAGCUCGAAAGCGAUAAGGCUGUCCAUUGCCUUCUUUAAUGCUUAAUUCUUUUUAUUGUGAUGUAAUUGCAACGAAGUGUAAAUUAAUAAACAAUAUGU